UACCCGCCUCCUCCGCCGGUUACCAAAACUCAUUAAUAUAUUUCCCUCAUUUUACAGUUUUACACUUAAAUAAUACACUCAUUCACAACUCAUACUAUAUCUAAAAGGAAAGAGAGAGAUUCCUGUUCUCCUUGAAGAUUUAACUAUUCUGGAGGUAUUCAUUGCAGUUUCAUCGCACAGCAUUUCGAAUCGGCUCCGGAAUAGAUCGAAAGUCGAACUUCGCGAGGUGAAUGGUAGUGAAUGCGUGAGAUCUUUAUGCAAUUGCUACCAUAAUGUCUGAAAUAGCUGUCAGAGAUAAUAAUGUACCCGAGUCUCAGAAGAUAAAUGGAGGCUUCAGUAAUGGAAGCAUGGUGAAAUCUCAGGUUGAAGGUGUGAGCAAAAACAAUGAAGAAAGGCAAAGGAAAGGGAUGGCUACAGUGGUUGGCACUUCCAUUAAGAUUGACGAAACAGACAAUUCUGAAGCGGCGAUAACAAGUAUAGAAGUAGAGUACAUUGAGUCCGAGGACUUGAAAGACGUAGAAGACGUGGAUGAUUGUCUGAAGGCCCUCUUGUCAGGACUUGGCUCCAAAGACUGGGUUACAGUGUGUGACGCACUCAACAAUGUUCGCCGAUUGUCUAUAUUUCACAAGGAAGCUAUUGUUAAUAUUCUGGAUGAAGUCAUCUCCUUAGUCGUGAAAUCCCUAAAGAAUCCAAGAAGUGCUGUCUGCAAAACUGCAAUUAUGACUGCCGCAGACCUGUUCAAAGCAUAUACAGACAGCAUCAUUGAUUUGUUGGAUCCUUUGCUUGUGCAACUUCUCCUCAAAUCCUCACAAGACAAGAAAUUUGUUUGUGAGGCAGCUGAAAGUGCAUUAGUAGCCUUGACAAGAUGGGUUUCUCCCGUUCUGUUGCUACCCAAGUUGCAGCCUUACAUUACACAUAGAAAUCCUCGAAUUCGAGCUAAGGCUUCUAUAUGUAUUUCUCAAAGUGUCCCACGGCUGGGAAUUGAUGGAAUUGAAAUAUUCGGUAUAGACAAACUGAUUGUAAUAGGCGCAUCCCAGCUUAGUGAUCGACUUCCUGAGUCCAGGGAUGCAGCUCGUGCCCUGUUGCUAGAGCUGCAGUCUGCAUACGAAAAAUCUCAAGUCCCAGAACUAACUGCAGUACCUGAGCAAUCUGAAGUCCCAAAAACAACUGAUGUACCUGAGCAGCCUGUUGUAGCAUCUUGGAAGGAUUUCUGCCAAUCAAAGCUUUCGCCUUUAAGUGCUCAAGCUGUCCUUCGUGUGACCAACUCUGCUCGCGAGGAAGGCUUAUAUACAAAAGCUUUUAUCUGGUAAUAUUUUCCCCAAUUUCGUGGCGAGAUUUGAAAAGUUUUAUACUUGUAUAUACCAUGGAAGUUUGAAGUGUUUGCAGAGGCAGCAGGUGAAGCACGUAUUGGUGCUAUAGAUCCUAUGAUUUUACGUAUAUGGCGAAAUUUAAGACUAGCAAUAUUUCCUUAAUGUUUUGACGUUGUGUAUUGUUAUUUUGUGCUUGGUUGUAAAUUGUUCCGCCCGUGAGCUGUUAAGUGGAUCUACAUUUUGUUAGCAUAAUUUUCUAAAUCUUGAGGUGUUGAGUUUUCUCUUUGUGCAAAAAAACACAGUAUGCGUGUA